AUGGGUUGUGGGAAAAGAUCUGCUGCAGAUAGAAUUGGCAGUUUGCCUUGUGAAGUUCUCGAGAAGAUUUUGGGAUGUUUGCCUUUGGAUGAUGCUAAAAAUGUCCAAGAAUUCUCACUUGGAUUUCCUGACAAGACGGACUUUUGUCUCCCUCCUCACCUAUUCAAAUUUCAGGAUCUAAGUCACCUGAAGCUUUAUACAUGUACAUUCGACCCUCCUCGCAAAUUUAGAGCUUUUAGUAGGCUUGUUACCCUUGACACCUUUGACCCUGCAUCAUUUCAGACCUUCCUUUCAAGUAGCCCAUUACUUGAACGUGUAACGUUGAUUAUGUGCACUCCAUUUGAUUGCUUCACUGUUGAUGCCCCUAGUCUCAAAUCCUUUGAAUUUUGGGGAGCAGCAAAAUCUUAUUGCUUCAAAAAUACCCCUCUGCUUGAGGAAAUUAUAAGGGGACAGACUUCUCUUUAUUGCUUCAUUUCAGAGUUUCUCAAGUGUGAUGCCUCUAAGAAUGUUGUGGAGCGUUUUAUACAUCAGUUGCGAUCCCAAGGAAUGCCAAAUAGUGCACUGAAGCAACUCAAAAGGGUGGAUAUAAAACUCUCGCUGUUUUCUGAACUUGAAAUGGAAUUUGUGAAGUAUGUAUUGUCAUCUGCAACUGUACUCGAGAUUAUAAGCAUUGUGACUUGUGCAGAAUUUAGUCAGAGGGGAAUGAAAAUGAUGCAGGAGAUAAAGCAAUUCCCUCCAUCGUCAUUCAAUUCCUUUGCAGUACUAGAGCCUCAUGUAACACUGCGUAACAUCAAUCUUUUAAACUUCAACUUAGAGUGGACUGCAUAUGCGCUUUACUUGAUCAGCAACUGCCCAAAUUUAGAAAGGCUCCAACUAACAGUAGGGUUUUCAUCUUCUGAUCUUAAACAGGCUGAAUUACUGCUGCUUUUUCUUCAGACAAUUAAUCUUAACUUCUCGUUUUUUACUUUCCCAAAGUGUUAUGCCUCACAGGAUCCUUCGGAACGUGUUAUAUAUUUCAUGCACUCCCAAGGAAUGCUACAUAGUGCACUGAAGCAGCAAAAGGGUGGAUAUAAAACUAAUGCUGUUUUCUGA